UGGUUGAACCAUAAACGGGCGGUGUUGUCACAGCGUCUGCCAUUUUGAUUAGAAGAUCCUUGCGCGCAAUAGAUGGUGUUAGCUGGCUCUACAGGAGAUAUCGUAGUAUUUUUAAUCAGCGCUACAUUCUUGUAGGCAAAAUGCUUUCAGCAGCCCAGUUACUCGACGAGUUAAUGGGCCGAGAUAGAAACUUGGCCCCGGACGAGAAGCGGUCCAACGUACGCUGGGACGAUGAGAGCGUCUGUCGAUAUUAUCUGUGUGGCUUCUGUCCAGCUGAGCUGUUCACAAACACCCGCUCUGACUUGGGCCCUUGUGAGAAAAUCCAUGAUGAAAAUCUUAGAAUAACGUAUGAGAAAAGCUCCCGGUUCAUGAAGGAGGGUUACGAGCGAGACUUCCUGCGGUAUUUGCAGUCACUCCUGGCAGAGGUGGAACGGAGGAUUCGCAGAGGGCAUGCCCGGCUGGCACUUUCCCAGGCUCAGCAGAAUGCAGGGGGUCCUGGUCCAUCAGGGAAGAAUGAGGAGAAGGUCCAGGUUCUAACAGAGAAGAUUGAAGACCUAGUUGUACAGAUUGAGGAGCUGGGGUCGGAGGGCAGAGUGGAGGAGGCCCAGGGAAUGAUGAAGCUGGUGGAGCAGCUGAAGGAGGAGAGGGAGCUGCUCAGCUCCACCCCCUCAACCAUCGAGAGCUUUGCAGCCCAGGAGAAACAGAUGGAGGUGUGUGAGGUGUGUGGGGCCUUCCUCAUUGUGGGUGACGCACAGUCCAGGGUGGACGACCACUUGAUGGGCAAGCAACACAUGGGCUACGCCAAGAUCAAAUCCACUGUAGAGGAGCUCAAGGAGAAACUACGUCGUCGCUCGGAGGAGCCCCAAGGUGAAAGCCCAGCGCUAAAGAGGGACAGAGAAGACCGUGAGCGUGAGAGGGAGGAAAGAGAGAAAAAGCGCAAAGAGGAGGAAGAGAAGGAGAAGGAGCGGGAGAAGGAGCGUGAAAAGGAGAGGGAGCGCGAGAGAGAACGGGAGCGCGAGAGGGAGAGAGACAGAGACAGAGAACGGGACAGAGACAGAGAUAGAGACAGAGACAGGGACAGAGACCGGGACCGGAGAUCACGGCGAAGCCACUCCAACAGCCGCCACUCCAGUCGCGCAUCGGACAGGAAAAGGAGCCGAUCCCGAGAUCGCCGGAGGUCUCGGAGCAGAGACAAGGACAGAGAGAGGGAACGCAAACGCAGCAGGAGCCGGGACAGGGAUAGGGAAAGGGACAGAGACAGGGACAGGAGGCGCAGCCGUGAUCGCUCUGACAGAAAGCGUCGGUCCCGCAGUCGCGACAGGAGGAGGUCGCGCAGCUCAGACCGCAAAUCUCACCGCCAUCGCAGCCGCAGCAAGGACAGGGACAGAGAGGAGAAGAGAGACAAGGAUGGAGAGCGGUCAUCAAAAGACAAAGACCGUAAGGGGACGGAGGAAAGGAGCAGCUCUAAGAAAGACAAGCACUCUGACGGCGACGCAGCUGCCAUCAAGGCUUCGUCCGAAGCGGAACCGAUGGAGACUGAGGCGGCUGCCUCUGCCUCUCCUCUGCUUAACGGCCAGCAAGAGCUCCUCCAUUCUGAAGGUGACACUCAGUCCAAUUAAAACUGAUCUGAUAGGACCUCAGAUCAGGCUCAGGUAAGUGCGUCCUCCUCCUCGCUACCCCCUGGCUCUCAACCCAACCCCUCCACCCUCCCACGCCCCCACCUCUCCCAUCUCCCUUACCCACCCUCUCACCCUGCCUCUCCCACCCUGUUUACAUUCAGCUCAAUGCCUAUGAUUUUGUCUUAUGUACUAUGUGCAUAUAUCUUUAUCCUGUUUUUGAAUAGUGCAUCAUAAGUAUGCACUGAAGAUGAAGGACUAGGCCCGAUGAAUGAGAAGAAGGUAGAAAUCAUUCACACAAAGCCAAGAGGGAAAGGCCAGUGUAGCCCUGAGCAAACAUGCCCGGAGGUACCCCUCGUUUUGUAUCGGUUUUUGAUCCUUAAAGAUGUAUAUUUGUCUUUGUGGACAAAAUGGCAGAAAAAAAUAUUAACUAGUCCAAUCAAAUUUUCCUGCCUGUAUUUACCUGUUUUUGUUUAUUUUUGUUUUGUUUUUUUACUUUGAAGUAGAAAAAUGUAGUUGUUUUGAUUUGCUGAAAUAUUGCACUCCAUAUAGGAAGACAUAUCAGCCUCUGUACUUUCAGCUAUCGUCAAAGGUGUAUGUGGAAAAAUAAGCCAUUCAUUUUGCCGUAAUCAUGACUCAAAUGCCAUGGAUUUUGUUGUCCAGCUUACUGUGCCUGAUAAUGCCAUGCAGUGUGUGUUUGGGGGGUGUCAUAGCACCGGGGGCCUUACGUAACCAACUAACUGGAGGGUAGGGUUUAUCAAAUGAAUUGCAGCUGACUUCCAUACCUCACACAGCGUUGGUGUUGUGAGCGAGACCACAUGAGAAAAGGGCAAAUUAAAAAUCAUGGAUACUCUCUGACUGUCAAACUGUGCAGGUACUCACCCCAGGUACUCCUUUCUCUACCCACAUCCAUUUUCUGAAUGCUGUUGCCUGUCAGAAAAACAAUUCUGUACUUAUCCAGAACUUGAACUUUGAAAGCUUGAAUGUGUAUAUUUUUUAUUGGGUUUCUUUGUUUUUUCCUAUUUGCUAACUUUGUUUGGGGAAAAGGUCACUUCAUAGAAAUGUCAGAAAGAGACAUUUUUUAAAUGCUGAGAUGCACAGACGGGCUGCUUGAUAGACCCUAUGCCAACUGCUACAAAUGUGUAUAUUUUCCUGUUGCUAAGGACUAAAGUUUUGUUAGGAUAUAAGGAUGCUGUUUGCAUCCUUAAUUGGUCAUAGAAUCUGAUAUAAAAAAUUAAGCACACUUUUGCUUUGGCAUAAGGAAUAUCAAACAGUUUUGUCACUGUUUUUAAAACAUUAACGUGGUGAUUAAACCUUUUUUUUUAGAUUAAUCAUAAGUGCAAACGUCUGAUCAAAAUCAUACAGUUAAAGAUAAAUGAGCAAAUAUUUACAAAACACAACAUUCUGGCCAAAUUCUACUAUUGUGCUAGUCUAUGGUUAGUAUUUGUGCAUUAUUAGCAGUGUCUCUUGUUUAUCAUCUACACUUUCCUCUUUGGCUAAAUCGAGGGAUAUAUUUGAGUAUUAACGUAGAUGGUAUUAUUGCUCAGGUAGCAGCAGCUGCUGCUACAAGCAUGAGUCGUGGGACCUUUGCUAACAUUGCAUUUUGUGAACAUUUUUGCUCAACAGGGGAAGCUGGGAUAUCUGGUGGAGGAAGAAAUGGAAGAGCGCACCCAUCCUUUCCCUGAACCUGACACUACGCUGCUUAAAAACAAGGUGAACCACAAAUGUGUAGUGGCUUAUUUAAAAACAUGAACAUACAUGUGUAAAUGAGGAGAGAGGGGGGAAAAAUACAUUUGAUUUCCAUGUUCCAUCACCUGUCUUAUCUUUUGGCUGGAUGAGGGUAGUUGUGGUUCAUCUGAUGUAUUUCUUGGUCUAGAUGUCAGACAGGCAUCACUCUGAAAACCAAACUUACAGAAGUUCAUUAUGGGUUUUUGUGUUCUUACUUUGAGAAUCUUUACACAUCCUCCUUGUUUCUUGGCAUUUAGUGCAAAUUUAAUAAAAAAAAAUAAAAUAAAAAAACAGUGCUUGUGGUUUGUUUUGGUUUGUCAGGUUCCACUUCACUCCUUGACCUUUUUAAAAAGUCAGUUGAAAGCGUAUGUACAAUGUUAGUCCCAUGGCAGGGCGUGUCUCUUUUCUCCUCCACUUAGAGCUCACAUUGAUUGCUCUUGUCCCCUUACUGUAAAAUAUACUGAUUUUAAUUAUGAUCAAAAGAUUUUGAAGACUGAAGAUUUGUUUAAUUUUGCUCUGCUUUUAUUGUCUUUGUUGUCUCGAUGAAUAAAGAGUAAAAACUUGUCAA